CAGCUUUGCGCUACUCUCAGGACAGCUGAACACCCUGAAUAAAGUGCUGAAAAAUGAGAAGACUCCAUUGCUGCGCAAUCAGGUCAUCAUUCCUUUAGUGUUGUCCCCAGACCGUGAUGAAGAGAUCAUGCGGCAGACAGAAGGACGAGUGCCAGUGUUCAGCCAUGAGGUCGUCCCGGAUCAUCUGCGAACAAAGCCUGAUCCUGAGGUGGAAGAACAAGAAAAGCAGCUGAGCACAGAUGCAGCUCGUAUUGGCACUGAUGCGGCACAGAAACAGAUCCAAAGUCUAAACAAAAUGUGCUUGAAUUUGUUGGAGAAGAUCAACAAAGAAGAACGAGAAUCUGAGAGUGGAGGUUUACGGCAGAACAAGCAGACGUACAACACUGCUGAUACUAAUGCUCUGGUUGCAGCUGUAGCCUUUGGGAAGGGUCUGUCAAACAGGCGUCCGCCAGGAGUGACAGGGCCUGUUCAGUCUAGUCAGCCAGGUGCCAACACCAUCAUAACAGGUGCUUCUGCCCUGCAGCAGGUACAAAUGCCUGGAGCACCAAAUCAAGCACAGCCCAUGCUUGGAGGAGUACAGAUGCCACAAGUAGGCCAGCCAGGUAAGAUGCCCAGUGGCAUAAAAACCAAUAUCAAGUCUGCUUCAAUGCAUCCCUAUCAAAGGUGAGCUGGGGAAAUAUUUUGGCCCAUUGUUUCUCCUGGACUUCCUUUCAGAGACUACAAACUACUCUCAACAGUGAAAUUCCUGACUGAACCUCCCUAUACUCCUAGAUCUCAUGAGUUCAUGUAUUUAUAUGGCCACAUUUAUUUCUUUGAACACUAGAGUGCAGGAUGUAUGCUUUG